CAGCCCCCGGGGGAUGGGGAUGGGGAUGGGGAUAGGGAGGCAGCGCUUCACACCGACACCGGGACGGGACGCGCCGCGGAGCGCAGCUUCCCGCAGCCUCCAGGAUGCUUCCAUCGGAACCGUGACUGCGUGGAGCCGGGACGUGGGACAGCCGCCGUCAGAAGCGCUCCUCCGUGCUGAGAGAUCCACGCCUGUCCUCUGUGCAGCCCCCCGAACCCCCCUCCCCCCCCAAGGACUGCGUCGGCCCUCACUUGUGAGCCGUGCUGGAGCGGAGGACCUUCCCCCGUUGGCUGCGGGGGUUCUGGGGCAGCGCUGUGCUUCCAUCCCGCGGCCUUGGCGCUGGUUCUGACACUGCUGGAGCCGGCCCUCGCUGCUUCGAGUUCAGACUUCAUCCCUGGACCUCGGGAGCGCGUUCCAGAUGGGCGCUGCAGUGUCCUCCAUCCGUGGGCCUGCGGGCGAACUUAUGUCAAUGGACGAGCUCCGCGUCCCGGCGGCGUCGGGAGGGGGAGCUGCUCCCGUGGGCAAAGCUUCGGGGCACGGCGGGUCCUGGGCUGCCACCCCCCCGCCCCUCAAGGUUUGGGCUCCUGCCCCACGGAGCACCCAGCAUCAGCUGCCCCGUGGCUGUUUGUGCGGCUCUGUCCGAUGGAACGACGCGUUUUGAAACGGGGAAACGACGGGAGCUGUUUGAUGAUGGAUAAAACGCAACGCGGCGCUUCCCCGGCUCCUGGCUGCGGGGCUGCCCGGCAUGGGCACCGGAGAUGGGCUUCAGCUCCGUGCCAGCCACACAGCCCUUCUCUUCUACGGCUCGGUGCGCUCCUAUCCGCAGCAAAGGUGGAAAAAAAACGCUCAUGUUGGAAAACGGAGCGAAUGGAAACAAUGCUUUGGGAAGAGAAACGGCGGGGACGGCCGCGGCGCUUCGUUCCGCCCUCGCCUUGUGUGAAGGCAGCGAGUUCAUCCCCUAGGGGGGGGACUCGGGGGGGCUGUGAGCUGUGGGGGUGGCUGUGCAGGGCCGAGCUGGGGGGUGCGCGCCGACCCCGCUGUCCUCAGGAGCCCCCGUGUGCUCAGCGCAGAGGACGUCCGGGCGGUUCUGUGCUCAGCCGGGGCUUUGCUUAAACUGGGCUGCCGGGGGGGGGGGGAUUUGUUUCCCCGAGCUCGGCCUCUGGGGGGGCAGCCCUUCAUUCAGCGCCGAGCGCUGCUCCAGUUUCAGCGCAGCGUCGCUGAGGUCCCUGCCUGGUGGCACGAAGCGCGUCCCCGCUGCGCGCGUGGUGGGGCCGGGGGGGCCACCCAUGGGGUUGGGGGUCUCGGCCCCGUUGCUCGCAGCUCAGAGGAGCUCAGGGCUGUGUGCCCACCACUGCUGGGCUGGGGCUGCGCUCCAGAGAGAGGACUUUCCCCGUACCCAGCCGUCGUGCUGCACGCGGGAGAUCGCUCAGCGCGCGUGUAACGCAGCAGAGCAACGUUCCGGGCUCCCGUCUUCCCCCGUCCGUGUCCCUUUGCGGUGAUCUCCACAAAUGGUCUCGUUUUUUGGUUGUGGGACUGACAGACAGGAGCCGUCUGAGUGUGUAACGUGUCUAUUAUCCCGGCGGGGCGCUGGCAGCCGAUGCCUGGUGGGUUUCCCUCUGAUUUCGGCGUGGUGCUGGUGGGCCGUCGGGCGCUGUGGUGAUGCUGUGUUGGCAUUCGGUCCCGUUGCCCCAAACCUGACUCUUCCCAUCGGUGGAACAAAACCAGACAUCCCCGCUUUGUGCUUCCCGUGGCUGAAGCUCCGGUGCUCUGUGUCCGUCUGUCCCUGGAGUGGGCGAUGGCUCCGUGCCCGCGCUGUGCCUCCCCCCCCCCAGGGCCGGGUUUGGGUCCCCCUGGGGCUGAUGGAGACGUGGGGCUGCGCUGCAGGAGCUCAGGGCGAGCAGGGCUCUGCCCCAGAUGUGGCUUUUUUAGGGGGGGGAAGGUGGCUGAGGAGCUCCUGCGGGCGAACUCUGACUCCGCUCCGCUCUCUCUUUCAGCAACGCACCUUAAGGAUGGAUAUAGAAGACUGUAAUGGACGAUCCUACAUAUCUGGCAGCGGGGAUUCCUCUCUGGAGAAAGAGUUCAGCUCGGCCAUCGUGGGAGCCGUGGUGAGCACGCCCAACAGCCAGCACUCCUCCCCCAGCCGCUCCCUCAGCGCCAGCUCCAUCAAGGUGGAGAUGUACAGCGAUGAGGAAAGCAGCCGGCUGCUGGCUCAGGAGGACCGCAUGCUGGAGAAAGACGACAGCGUCAUCGUGGAGGAUUCGCUCUCGGAACCGCUGGGUUAUUGCGACGGGCCGGGCCAGGAGCCUCACUCCCCCGGCGGCAUCCGCUUGCCCAACGGGAAGCUCAAGUGCGACGUCUGCGGCAUGGUGUGCAUCGGCCCCAACGUGCUGAUGGUGCACAAGNUGUGUUUUGCAGGAGAGAGGCCGUUCCAUUGCAACCAGUGCGGGGCUUCCUUCACCCAGAAGGGAAACCUCCUGCGUCACAUCAAGCUGCACUCCGGAGAGAAGCCCUUCAAAUGUCCCUUCUGCAAUUACGCCUGCCGCAGGAGGGACGCGCUCACCGGGCACCUGAGGACGCACUCUGUCUCCUCCCCCACGGUCGGCAAACCCUACAAGUGCAACUACUGCGGCCGCAGCUACAAGCAGCAGAGCACGCUGGAGGAGCACAAGGAGCGCUGCCACAGCUACCUGCAGAGUCUGAACACUGAGCCGCAGGCGCUGACCGGCCAGCAAGGUGACGAGAUGCGGGACCUGGAGAUCGUGCCGGACUCGCUGCUGCACCCCUCCGCCGACCGGCCGACGUUCAUCGACCGCCUGGCCAACAGCCUCACCAAGAGGAAGCGCUCCACGCCUCAGAAAUUCGUGGGGGAGAAGCAGAUGCGGUUUGCGCUCUCCGACCUCCCCUUCGAGGUGAACGCCGGCUUCGAGAAGGACGUGGAGAUGGUGUCGGCCCACCACCCCCUGGACCCCUCGUACGGCAGCUCCCUGGCGCUGAUGGGGGGCGAACACCUGCGCCCGCUCCGCCUGCCCCCCACAAACUGCAUCUCGGAGGUGACCCCCGUCAUCAGCUCCGUCUACACCCAGCUGCAGCCGCUGCCGGGAGGCCGCCUGGAGCUGCCGGGAGGCCGCGACGCCGUCGAGGGCCACGAGGACGCGGCGGACGGGGCCCAGGCUCUGUACCGCGGGCGGGAGCCGGGCGCGUCGCCCACCAACGGUUGCCACGACUCCACGGACACGGAGAGCAUCCACGAGGAACGGACGGCGCAGCCGCCGCCGGGUAACGGCCCCGGCAGCCGCCAGAGCCCAGCGUACGCCAAAGAGGACCCGAAAACGACGGAAGGAGCGACGCGUUCCACUCCGAGCUCCGGGCGGGACGCGUUGCGCGUGGUGACCGAGGACGGCGAACCGGUGCGCGCCUUCCGCUGCGAGCACUGCCGCAUCCUCUUCCUGGACCACGUCAUGUUCACCAUCCACAUGGGCUGCCACGGCUUCAGAGACCCUUUCGAGUGCAACAUCUGCGGCCACCACAGCCAGGACCGGUACGAGUUCUCCUCGCACAUCGUGAGGGGCGAGCACAAGGUCGGCUGA